AUGCUGUUGUCGUCCUCUCAGGUGUGCGUCUCCAUGGCGUUGGGUGAUUUUGCAUUUCUGGCAGUUUAUAUUAGUGUGUGUGUGACGUUCAACCUCGACACGUCGGCUCCGCUGCUGAAGACGGGCGGAGACGGGAGUCUGUUCGGUCUGUCUGUCGCCCUGCACCAAGACCUGAAGACAGACACCUACCUGCUAUUGGUUGGAGCUCCUAGGGAGAAGGCGGACCCUGAUGUUCUAGCUAAUCGGACAGGAGGAGUAUACAGCUGCCCGAUCUCCAUGGACCAAUUAGACUGCAGCAGGAUGAAGCUCAUACAUCCUGAUGUGAACCCAUCUGAGGACCUGAUUGAAGACAUGUGGCUUGGUGUCUCAGUAGCCAGUCAGGGCCGACCUGGUGGGAGAGUCCUGGCAUGUGGUCAUCGCUUUGCUAAACUCUAUGGACCGUUAGAAUUCAGGCAGAUGAUUGGCCGAUGUUAUCUCCUUGGAAACGACCUGCAGUUCAACGAGAGUGACUUUAACUGGCAGAAGCCCGACCAGCCCUGCAGCCACCUUGGUGAUGUCAGAGCUGAGGUCAUGUGUAACGCAGGGAUUUCAGCGUCCAUCACUCAGACCGAGGUCAUCGUCGGGUCGCCUGGAAGCUACGAAUGGCAAGGUAACGUGCACGUCUCCUGGAUGAAUCCUGCCGACGUCUUUGAUUCUAAACAAAGUUUCUUCCCGAACAUGAACCUCAGGAACAUUUACAUCGGUUACUCGGUUGCUCAGGCUCGUUGUCUGCUCUCUCAAGAUGAUGUUACCAUAGUAACAGGAGCUCCUAAGGACAGUAAGGAGGACGCUCGCGGCUCGGUGCUGUUGGCGCUGAAACAGAACAACGAGCUGGUCGUCCAGCAGACGCUCCGCGGGGAACAGACGGGCUCUUACUUUGGAAACGCCGUGGCAACAACCGACCUCAACAACGACGGGUGGAACGACCUGCUGGUGGGCGCUCCUUUCUACUUCCAUCGCCAGCAGGAGGCGGGCGGGGCGGUUUACGUCUACAUGAACUCUGGUGGAGGGUUUGACUCUGGACCCAGUGUGGUGCUGAGGGGUCCGGCCCAGUCUGCGUUCGGUAUGACUGUUGCUGCUGCGGGAGACUUGAACCAAGAUGGCUUCCAGGAUUUUGCCGUUGGAGCUCCGUUCUCCGAAACAGGAAGUGUGAUGAUCUGGAUCGGGAGUAGUGAGGGGGUUUCUACAGAACCGAGCCAGGUGAUCAGGGGCAGCAGUGUCGCUCCUCGGUUCAGGACGUUCGGGUUCUCUCUGUCUGCAGGUGUAGAUGUUGAUGGGAACAAGUAUCCAGACCUGGUGGUUGGUUCUCUGGACGACACUGUCGCUCUGCUCAGAACUCGUCCCGUCAUCCACCUCAAUAAAACACUCAGAAUUUCCCCGGACAUCGUCGACCCCGAAAUCUGCGACUUCUGCAUUCAGGUUGAGUUGUGUUUCUCCUACAUCUUCAGCACGGGAGAGAGGAAUGACAGAGACAACAUCACCGUUCACUUCGCUGUGGUCGCUGAUGUCACCAGCCUGAAGCCUCGCCUCCGUUUCCACGACAACAGGCAGAGCACGUACUCUGGUUACCUGACAAUGCCAAAGACACGAUGUCAUUCCCUGAGAGUCGGGCUGCUGAAUCCGAUUAAAGACAAAUUGCAACCUCUGGUCUUCUCACUGAACGUAUCUUUGCACGAGAAGCCUCCCAAGAAAACGAGUGUCUUUCAGGAUCUGAAGCUCCUCCCAGUGCUGAGCCACAUCCCACAACCCAUCCGAACCCAGAUACAUAUCCAGAAGGCCUGUGGUGCUGAUAACCGUUGCCAUAGUAACUUGCAGAUGACGGCCCAGUUCACAGACGAGAACCAGAAACCCCUCAGCAUGAAGAAGAACAAACAAGUGUUGAACUACAACUCCGGCAUUAACAGAUUGUUUUUGGAGGUUAACGUCAGCAACACACCGUCAGUGGGCCGCCACGCCGAGGACGCUCACAACGCCAUGUUGACCAUCAGCAUCCCACCAUCACUCACGUACUCCGGAAUUCGAACAAAGGCUGACGUCACAGCAGCAGAAUGUUCUGUGCAGCACUCGGUUCUUCAGUGUGAGCUGGGGAACCCGUUCAAGAGCAACCACAAGGUUCAGUUGUUCAUCAUAUUUCAAACGUCUGACAUCAGUUUGGAAACAAGAGAAAUUCAGACUCUGCUGCAGCUGUCAACUCUCAGUGAACAACAUCUGUCUCCUGUCUCUGUCUCCAUGUUGGUGGAAUAUUCACUGCAGACGUCCCUCACACUAAUCAGUUCACCAGGCCCCGCCUCCUUCAGUGGUCAUGUGAUCGGUGAAUCAGCCACAAAGAAGACAGAGGACGUCGGCAGUUUGCUGCUCUUCACCUUCCAGGUGCACGUCAACGGGAAGCCACUGGGUAACCAAGGCAACCUGGAGGUGGAGUUUAAUUGGCCGAGUGUUCUGUCCAAUGGGAAGUGGCUGUUGUACCUCACAGAGAUCCGAGUGCACGGCACAUCCGAGCCUCGCUGCAAUCCGCCAGAUGACAUCAUCAACCCUCUCAACCUUGUGCUGCCAAUGGAGAAGAGGAAGGGGAGGGGUCUGGAGGAGGAGAUGAGGGGGAGGAGUCUAGAGGAAGAGAAGAGGAAGAGUGAUAAAUCUCCACCCAUCCUCCCCCUGCAUCAACAGAAGAGAAAGUCCUACACUCUGGACUGUGUUCAUGGAGCCAAAUGUGUGACGUUCGUUUGUCCGUUAAUCAACAUGAAAAACUCAGCAACCCUGAGUGUGAGAGCGAGAAUCUGGAACUCAACUAUGAUCGAGGAUUACAGCGAUGCCAGGAGUGUGUUGGUUCGAGGUCGGGCGACCCUGAAGCUGCGGACUCACAAACACACCAUCAACAUCGGGUCUCACAGCACUGAGAUUGAGGUCCACAUUUACCCAGACCCGGGGCAACAGGUGGACUCCAGCGCCCCCUGGUUUAUCAUCGGCGUGUCCGUGGUGGCUGGAGUCUUACUGCUGGCUCUGAUCUGCCUGGUGCUCUGGAAGUGUGGGUUCUUCAGGAAGGCCGGCACCAGAGAGCUGUACGAGGCAAAGUCGCAGACGGCUCACGUGAAGGAGGCGGAGUCUGAGCACGAGAGCCUGAGCGAGGAGCUCUGA